AUGUCUCUGCUUCCUGCUCCCAAGAUGAAAUGUGGAGAUGGCCUUGGCACGCCUCACGGUGGAGACGUCUCGUGGGCUUCUGCUGUAGCACUGGCACAACUGCACUUCGCUUCCAGGCUUUCUCCCAUGGGCGCUCAGAAGGACGCUCACCAAGGCACGCGAGGAGAAGGAGGCGACUUCUGGGUGGGAAUCCGCAUGCAGAGCGGCCUGGCGAGAACAACUGUCAACAAACAGUGCAUCCCACCGCGGGCUGGACGAGGAUCAAUGGGCCUGGAAGAACUGAACGGAAGGAAGAAUUGGGUCUGCCUGCAAUAG